UUAGGCACAUUGUCCGCACAUAAAUGCGCUUGGUUAAAGCGUGGGUCACUAUAAGUAUAAAGUUCUAGGAAAUCAUUCGUCUUUGAAACAGCUUAUUCCGGGACCAAGGCGGACGACAAUGAGAUUUUUCCAAUAUGCGCUCCUGGCAUGCUUCAUCUUCUGCAUAAUUGCCGAGGAGGAUGAAGCAGAAGAAAAUGAGGGAAAUGAAGGCGGCUCUUCGAUUGCGAAACCUCAACACGAACCCGAUCCUGCGGCCAAUCUUGCCGAGAAGCCUGUUGAGUCUGCUAAGCCACAAGGAACUAAUGCAGGAGAAAACCAUCCCGAACAAACUGCUGCGAAUGCCACUGAUGGGGUAAAGCAGCAACACAAUAAGGGUUGGAGAUCAGGACGUUCAAGAUGCUCAAUUAGGCCGCAGCAGACGAACUGCGCGGGUUCUCGUUUGCUUCUCAGGUGGUGGUUUAACCCAGAAACACAUAUGUGCGAAUCAUUCCAAUUUCCAGUAUGUAACGCCAAAGCUGCCGCGUUUUUCACUUGCAAGAUGUGUAUGCAGCGAUGCCUAAGAAUCUGGAAGGUGGAAGAAGAAGAAGACAACAUGUACUUGUGGCGAUCCUUUGUCCGCGUGAACAUUCCGCCGGCUUGA